UUUGUGCGCACCAGUACUGCUACACGCGUGGAUCAUUUAUUCAGUGAAGGAAGGAUGAGCGGCGACGUGGAGCGUGUGUUGAUCCAGCUCCAAGAUGAGAGCGGUGAGAUACUGGGAUCUCCCUUCGAUGUGCCGCUGGACAUCAGCCCGGAUAAGCUGCAGCUGGUCUGCAAUGUUCUCCUACAGAAGGAGGAGCCUGUGCCAUUCCUGUUCUUUGUGAAGGAUGCAGAGGUGGUGUCAUCUCUGGGUACCUGUGUACAGACUCUGGGGCUGGAGACGGAGCAGGUGCUUCCAGUGGUGUACCAGCCACAGGCUGUGUUCCGCGUGCGGGCCAUAGCUCGAUGCACCAGCUCUUUAGAGGGCCACACAGAGGCUGUUAUCUCUGUAGCAUUCAGCCCUACGGGGAAAUAUCUGGCCAGUGGAUCCGGUGACACUACAGUGAGGUUCUGGGAUCUGAGUACAGAAACUCCACACCACACUGCCAGAGGCCACACACACUGGGUUUUAUCCAUUGCCUGGUCUACAGAUGGCAAGAAGUUGGCAUCAGGGUGCAAAAACAGUCAGAUCUGCCUGUGGGAUCCAGUCACAGGAAGUCAGAUAGGGAAGGCUUUGAUGGGACAUACAAAGUGGAUCACCUGGCUUUGCUGGGAACCUCUGCACCUAAACCCAGAGUGUAGGUAUUUGGCUAGCUCCUCUAAAGACUGCUCAGUUCGGAUAUGGGACACCGUUUUGGGUCGUUGUGACAAGAUUCUGACAGGCCACACACAAUCUGUGACGUGUGUGAAAUGGGGAGGAGAUGGACUCCUCUACACCUCAUCUCAGGACAGAGCCAUUAAAGUCUGGAGAGCCAAAGAUGGAGUUCAGUGCCGUACUCUGCAAGGUCAUGCUCACUGGGUCAACACGUUGGCUCUCAGUACUGACUAUGUUCUGCGAACUGGAGCGUUUGAGCCAGCGACUGCCACUAUAAACCCUCAGGAUCUUAGUGGCUCAUUGGAAGAGAUUAAAGAGAAAGCUUUGAAGCGCUACAACAACAUCAGAGGUGAGGGUCAUGAGAGGCUGGUGUCAGGAUCAGAUGACUUCACAAUGUUUUUGUGGAAUCCAGCAGAGGAAAAGAAGCCAGUGGCCCGUUUGACGGGUCAUCAGGCGCUGGUCAACGAGGUGCUUUUUUCACCGGACACGAGACUGAUUGCCAGUGCUUCAUUCGAUAAAUCUAUCAAGAUAUGGGAUGGAAAGACUGGAAAGUAUUUGACCUCCUUGCGUGGUCAUGUUGGGCCUGUGUACCAGGUGGCGUGGUCUGCAGACAGCCGUCUGCUGGUGAGUGGCAGCAGUGACAGCACACUGAAGGUGUGGGACAUCAAGACAGGCAAACUGAACGCAGAUCUGCCAGGCCAUGCUGAUGAGGUUUUUGCUGUUGACUGGAGCCCUGAUGGGCAGAGAGUGGCCAGUGGUGGUAAAGACAAGUGUCUAAGAAUAUGGAGGAGGUAACGGCAGAAACCAUUGGCUCUGCAUGCAACAGCCAAUCAGGCAUCUUGAUGCAUCGACUGACGACCCAACCCACUGGACAACAAUGUCAGAGCAAGAAGACUUAAACCUCAAUGAGCCGUUUCAUUAAAGCUUAAUGAAACGGCUUGGUUGGCUUCACAAUAGCUGAUGUAUAUUGAGCUUUCUGAUGUUGUCGGGCUUGAUGGAGAUAAUAUGAUAUGGCGAUAUUUGACUGAUGAAAUGUACUGUGUAACUCAACAGUAAAAUGAGCAAUUGCCUUGUGGAAUUUGCAGCCAAGCUGACCCAGUGUAAUCUCUUACACACACUCUCUUUGUGAUUAACUUAAUCCUUAAUGCUCUGAUACAGGCAGCAUAAACCGGGUCUGUUCCAGCACUAAGCGAUAACCAGCAUCGUCACAAUGGUUCAUACUAUGUCAGCAGAGGUUUUCUCAAUAAGAAGCAAAAGGAAUUUUAUUGGAUCUGUGGUUUGUGUGUGGUUUUCUUAUCUUGAAUAAAGGACUGUAGAGCA